CCCUUCUUCUUUCCCCUCUCCUCUUGGCGCGCGUCUUCCUUAUUGUACCUGACAGCGUGAACUCUGUAUACCACCCUUCUUCCAAACUCGUUCAUCUCCUUGGCUCUCGUUCCGUCUUCUCCACCUAUACUAUCCACUGCGAUGUUCGUCUACAAACGAGGUGGACGCAAGGAGCGUGUCGCCUUUGACAAGAUCACGGCCAGAAUUGUCAAGCUGUGCUAUGGCCUCGACAUGAACUUUGUGGACCCUGUCCAAGUUACUCAGAAGGUCAUCUCAGGAGUGUAUCAGGGCGUAAGCACCGUCGAGCUCGACAAUCUUGCCGCCGAGACCGCGGCCUAUAUGACCACGAAGCACCCUGAUUAUGCCAUUCUCGCUGCCCGCAUUGCCGUAUCCAACGUCCACAAGGAGACCAAGAAGGUCUUCUCGCAAGUCAUCGAGGACUUGUAUAGCUAUGUCGAUCCCAAGACCAGCAAGAAUGCCUCCAUGAUCUCCGAGUCGACUUAUAAAAGUAUUAUGAAGAAUGCCGACCGCCUUAACUCUGCCAUCAUUUACGACCGCGACUUCAACUAUAACUACUUCGGUUUCAAGACCCUGGAGCGCUCGUACCUUCUCCGCAUCAACGGCAAGGUUGCAGAGAGGCCCCAACACAUGUUGAUGCGUGUUUCGGUCGGUAUCCACGGCAGCGAUGUCGAGAAAGCCAUUGAGACCUACAACUACAUGUCAGAAAAAUACUUCACACACGCCUCGCCCACGCUUUUCAACGCCGGAACGCCUAGACCUCAGAUGUCGAGCUGUUUCUUACUGACCAUGAAGGAUGAUUCAAUCGAGGGCAUCUAUGACACUCUGAAGACCUGUGCCAUGAUCUCCAAGACUGCAGGAGGCAUCGGUCUCAACAUCCAUAACAUCCGUGCCUCGGGCUCUUACAUCGCUGGAACGAACGGCUACUCCAACGGCCUUAUUCCCAUGCUUCGCGUUUACAACAACACUGCCCGCUAUGUCGACCAAGGAGGAAACAAGCGUCCCGGUGCUUUUGCCAUGUAUCUCGAGCCAUGGCAUGCGGAUGUUUUUGAGUUCUUGGAUCUUCGUAAGAACACUGGAAAAGAGGAGUCUCGCGCUCGCGACCUGUUCUACGCCCUCUGGAUCCCUGACUUGUUUAUGAAACGUAUUGAGGAGAACGGCGACUGGAGCCUGUUCUGUCCUGCAGAGGCCCCCGGUCUUCAGGAUGUCUGGGGCGAGGAAUUUGAGGAACUCUACCACCGGUAUGAGCGUGAGGGACGCGCUCGCAAGACCAUCAAGGCCCAGAAGUUGUGGUACGCGAUUCUGGAGGCUCAGACCGAGACCGGAACGCCCUAUAUGCUAUAUAAGGAUGCGUGCAACCGCAAGUCGAACCAGCAGAACCUGGGAACGAUCAAGUGCAGCAACUUGUGUACAGAGAUUGUCGAGUACAGCAGCCCAGAUGAGGUUGCGGUGUGCAACCUCGCCAGUAUCGCACUCCCGACCUUUGUCAACAACCAGACGUACGACUUCAAGAUGCUCCACAAGGUCACUAAGGUUGUUACGCGCAACCUGAAUAAGAUUAUUGACGAGAACUACUAUCCUGUCCCCGAGGCCGAGAGGUCGAACAAGCGCCAUCGUCCUGUCGGUGUCGGUGUCCAGGGACUUGCAGAUGCGUUUAUCAAGUUGCGCAUGCCAUUUGACUCGCCCGAGGCCCGUCAGCUGAACACACAGAUUUUUGAAACCAUCUACCACGCCGCUCUGGAGGCCUCGUGCGAGAUGGCCCAGGAGGAGGGUCCCUAUGAGACUUACCAGGGAUCGCCUGUUUCGAAGGGUAUUUUGCAGCCGGAUAUGUGGGGAGUGACUCCCUCGGAUCUCUGGGACUGGGAUACGCUCCGUGCAAGCAUCGCUCAGCAUGGUGUCCGCAACUCGCUUCUUGUUGCACCCAUGCCUACUGCUUCGACCUCCCAGAUUCUCGGCUUUAAUGAGUGCUUUGAGCCCUAUACCUCCAACAUCUACACGCGUCGUGUGUUGGCAGGCGAAUUCCAGAUUGUGAACCCGUGGAUGCUGAAGGACCUGGUCGAGAUGGGUUUGUGGAACGAUCAGCUCAAGAACCGGAUCAUUUCCGAGAACGGAUCGAUUCAGCGGAUCUCUGGCAUUCCUGAUGACCUGAAGGCGUUGUACAAGACCACAUGGGAGAUCUCACAGAAAGUUGUGAUCGAUAUGGCGGCAGACCGCGGUGCGUUUAUUGACCAAUCUCAGUCGAUGAACAUUCAUAUGGCAGAUGUGAACUAUGGCAAGCUGACGUCAAUGGCGUUCUAUGGAUGGAAGAGGGGAUUGAAGACGGGUAUGUACUAUUUGAGGACGAGGCCAGCAGUGGACGCGAUCAAGUUUACGGUCGACCAGCUGUCAAUCAAUAAGGAAGCCGAGAGGGAGGCGAACGAGGCGGCGAUGCUGUGCUCGAUCGAUAAUAAGGAGGCAUGCAUGAGCUGCAGUGGAUAAAAAUUAAGCCAGGUGGUCGAUGCGUCCUCAAGUUGAUAUUUAUGUUUUCUUUUAGCUGCUACUCCUUGUUCUUUGUAAUAAACGCUGUUUUUGCACAACAAAAAAA